AUGUCACUUGUCUACAUUACACUUCUUCUUGUCGCUCUAUCAAAAAAUCCUCUUGUCAACUCUCAACUUAUUUGCGCCAAUGAAGCUUCUGGUUUAAAUGAGAAAAGAAUAUGUUUUGAUCUCGACAAAGGUCGCUUUAUUAAUCCAAAAAUAGGCCGAAAUUCGAUAUAUGAUAUAGAAGUGAAUCUUAAACAACAAGAAAUUUCAUUAGGCCGAAGUCGAAGAAAACCACGAGCAUGUCGUGGCUACAAUUUUUAUCGCCGCUGCCAAAAGAAAUACGGAACGCAUUUAGGAAGGUUGGAAUGCCGAUACGCGAGAUGUUCCGUAUGCAUUACCAAACAUUUACAUCCGGGUUGUCCAUUCUGCCAUGCUGAUAAAUCAGUAUUUUGUCCAGCUGUCGAAACAUGCUCUUGUCCGUGGAAAGCUGGCUAUGCUAUUUGGGAUUCAUGUAGGCGACAGAUCAAUGAUCGAUGCUAUGGUUUUCAAAAAAAUUAA